UCGUACCCUACAGAAACAUGUCGGCCAAGACUUUUUCCGUCGUUUGCGCUGCGCUUCUUGUCCAGAGCGUGGUGUUGGCGUGCCCGGGUGCACCUCUGCCCCUGUGCGGAGGGCGGGGCUACUCAGCACUGAGCGGCGGCAUCGUCUCCUCAGGAGUCGCGUCCGCCAGCGGCGGCGGUCUCCCCGUCUCCAUCAGCUCCCCCACCACUCCCAGUGGCAUCUCCCUCCUGUCGCAGAACUCGAUCAGCGGCAAUUUAUAUGCCUCCGGUGAGAUGCCGUUCCUCGCGGCUGUGGCUUUGAAGGGACAAGUGCCAUCCUCUGGCUCAGCGGGCACCUCGUACAGCUGCGGUGACAGCAACGUCGGCAUCUCGAGUCAGAGUCUCUCUGCUGCUGGCAUCAGUGCCUCCAAUGCAGGUUACGGCAGCGCUUUCGGUGCUCGCAGAUUAGGAGGCUGUUCAUGCGGCCGUGGAAUCUACUAAGAUCUUGAGGUUUAUCCGUUGCGUAAUCCUACAUUGAUAAUGAAACUUGAUAAUUAUAAAUACCAGUACGGCUCAUCGCAAGUCAUUCUCAAAUAGAAAGAAAAAAAUAUAAUUAUAUAUAUAAAUACAGACUUAAAACGAAAAUAAAAAGGAAAAUAGAUAAAUUGUAUCAUAUCAGUACAAAAAAAAACAACACUCAGCGUAAUACCACAGCACGGGCCACAGCGGCGCUAUAAUCAUUAUGAAACCUAUUUUUAGUAAAUCAUGUAUAUUCCAAACCCUAAAAUUAUAAAUAAGUACAUAAGGUAUUUACAUUUUAAGAAUACAAUAUGUCUUAGCUCCUUAAGAAUAAAGAAAUAAAAAAUGGUUUAGUAAUAUUCCGUAUAGAGAGGGUUAACAGGAGCAAAUUGUACUUUCAAAUAUUUUUUUGUAAAUACAAGUUUUAAAAAUAUAUAAGUUUCACUGGAA